ACCGCCACGGAACACCUACGCUGUGCCAACGUUGGCCUGGCUGAGUACCUCGUCAGACACGCAGCAGUCCGCUGUCACGGCCGCGUUACGUAAGGGAGAAAGCCGGCUGGGCCCUCGCGUUUGAGGAGUCGCCUUCCCACUUCGCUGUGGACGUCCGUGCCGAGCGCACACACUUUCGGAGAGACACGGCGCCCCGUCGUCGAAGCGGACUCGUUCCCGUCGUAGCGCUCGCUACGCCGCCUCCGCUCGGGGCAGAGACGCCCCAACGCCGAAGCGCCAUGGCACCCGAAGCAGGCGUGUGCAGUACAUGCGAAGCACCGGAGUGCGAAGAAAAGGCUCAGCAGCAUGACACGGCUGCGACCGAGUGUGCGGAAGAGGAGGAGGAUGUGGUGAUGUCGUGCUGCGAGAUGUCGUGCGACUCGUCGUCCGACAAGGACGACCCGGACGACAUGAAGUCGUCGCGCCUCGUGGACCUGUUCGACAGCGCGACCGAGUGCGUCUACAGCCUGUUCUUCUGCGGCUACCGGAGCCUCUUCCUGGACACGUACCAGUUCGAGGACUUCAUCUUCUACUCGCUCUGGAUGCUCUGUCUGCACUUCUGCAUCAACGAGAAGAUGCCCAACGACACGCGCCACUACACCUGAACAACGACAAGGGAAAAAAAGACACCAUGCCAAAGAUGAACCGUGUGAUAGAACAGUGCCACUAUACCUGGGACUCGCGUGUUGUGCUGACAAUCAAAACGCAUCACUGUUAACUCCUGUGUGACAUUGAUUGACAGUGGUAGCAAAGUGGUGAAAGACAAUGACUUGCCAUGACUCCUUACUGGAAACACGAAUAACACACUGCGGAAAAGUAUGGCAGCGAGCGCCCUCUGGUAGGGACUGUUCGCUGUUUGGGUGUGAUACAUUGCCUUUUUUUUCUUCUUCUUCACAUUGUGCGGAUUGUAGUGUGCGUGUGUGUGUGAACAGUGAAAGAGUGCACGAAACAUUGCCCUCCAGCGAAGUGCGCUUUGUUUAUUGACAAGUCAAGUUGAAAAUGGACGCGCGUCGCCCAGCGGCCCCAGCGUCGUUUUCUUAUGGGGACGGUGCACCAAUAAAACAGUGCGAAUGAUUUCUCAA